AUGGAGGAGUAUGAAGUUCGCUCGGCUGCUAGUAUCCUGGCCUCAGUGAAGGAGCAGGAGGCCCGUUUCGAACAGCUCACCCGUGCACUGGAGGAGGAGCGCCGUAAUGUCAACAUCCAGCUGGAGAGAGCCAACCUGCCUCCGCAGGCCAAUGCCACGGCCAACCAGCCCCACGCAUGGCAACAGAUGGUCAUGCAGAUACAACUCCCCCUCCCCCUCCCCCCGCCUCCGUCCGCCUCCGUCCGCCUCCGCCCGCCUCCGCCCGCCUCCGCCCGCCUCCGCCCGCCUCCGCCCGCCUCCGCCCGUCCUCCGCCGCCCGUGUCACGUGCACUGCGCUCGCCAUACCAUUUGCAGUUCUUUGAUAUUGUCUGCUGCGUCGGCUGA